CAAUUUUGUUGUUUUCAUAUUGGAACUCAAGAAAUUAAUUCUGCAAACCAAUGGGAAUUUGUUAAUUAAUCUAAACAUUAUGUAUUGAAUGCAAUCCAUCCUCCUCCAAACAAGUUCGAGGCACCUUUUUCUCAGCCCAGCUUCAAAAAACAAUAACGCAAUAGCAUUGCCUUGUUGCUAAAAGUCCAAGAGGACGAAUCACUCCAUGGAUCAAGGAUCAUCACCAUGUGAUGGCAUUGGCAUUGUCGAGUUUCUUCAAGGAAAGAACUAUUUCAUCACAGGGGCAACUGGGUUUCUUGGAAAAGCUUUGGUUGAAAAGAUGUUGAGAGCAAUUCCUGAUGUGGGAAAGUUGUUUCUCUUGAUCAAGGGGAAAGACAAGGAAGCUACAAUGAAGAGAUUGAAAAUUGAAAUCAUAAAUGCAGAAGUUUUCAAGAUCCUUAAAGCAAUCCAUGGAAGUUCAUACGAAGCCUUUAUGAUGAGCAAGCUGGUUCCGGUGUGUGGGGAUGUUUGCUCAGCAAAUUUAGGGAUUGAUGCUGACACAACUAGUGAAAUUGCCAAAGAAAUUGAUGUGAUUAUCAACUCAGCAGCUAAGACAACUUGGGAUACAAGGUACGAUGUUGCUAUCAACAUAAACACGAAAGGGCCUGCUCGUGUCUUGGAAUUUGGGAAGAAAUGCAAGAAACUUGGACUUUUCUUGCAUGUCUCAUCUGCUUAUGUUAAUGGGACAAGACAAGGAGUAUUCUUUGAGAAGCCUUUCUGCUUGGAACAAAGGACCGCAAUGAGAGACACAAUCACCUCAAAAGCUCAAGAAAUCUCUGUCCCCUUUUUGGAUAUCGAUGCUGAAAUCAAGUUGGCUUCUGUUGCAGUCGAAUCUAUUGACAGAAAUGCAGAUCGAAUCAUGAGAGAGUUGGGAAUGGAAAGGGCAAGAAUCCAUGGAUGGUGCAGCACUUAUGAAAUGACCAAGGCAAUGGGAGAGAUGCUAAUAGAUAGCAUGAGAUCAAGCAUACCUACUGUCAUCAUCCGUCCAAGCUUGAUUGAGAGCACCUACAGAGAACCUUUUCCCGGAUGGAUCCAAGGAUACAAGGUGCCAAUCUUAGCAGCUUAUGGACAAUGUCAGCUGCCAGGUUUUGUCGGAGACCCUGAUACAAUUGCAGAUACUGUUCCUAUGGACAUGGUAGUGAAUGCAACUUUGACAGCCUUAGCAAAGCAUGGGAUUGAUGGAAAACCAGAACUACAUGUUUACCACGUCGCGACAUCCGUGGCAAAUCCGCAUUCGUUUAAGGAUGCCUUCAACUACGCAUAUGAUUAUUUCUCUUCUUCACCAUUAUUAGACUCAAAAGGGAAGAAGAUUGCUAUCCGUCCCAUGAAGUUUUUGGUCUCGAUGGAUAGCUUUACCGAUUUCAUAAAGAAUGAAGUAGCGCAACGAAGUGGACUUUCGCCUGAUGAUAAUGUGUACAUGUCGGAUCCCAAGCGUUAUCUUCGAAUGCAUUUGGCAUGUUUCGACACAGUGCAUAGAUUUAUGCGGAUUGCUAAUUUAUACAAGCCCUAUAUGUUUUAUAAAGGAAGGUUCGACGUUAGAAAUACGAAGAGAUUGAUUGAAGACAUGUCCAGUGAAGAGAGGAAGAAGUUCAAUUUCGAUAUAGAAAGCAUAAAUUGGGAGCAUUACAUCAAAAGCGUUCACAUUCCUGGUGUGAGAAAGCAUCUUCUGAGACAGCCUCCUGCUGCUAAACUGUAGUAUAUUCAAUGAAGGGUAAUAAGCAAAUUUCCCAACAUUUUUAUCUCCACUUGCACUUAAGAUCCUAAACAAUUAAUUCCUUGCUGUAGUGUUACCUCGAAGGCUUAAUUAAACAAAAUCGUUUAAAUAGGAA